AUGAGGGGAGCAUACAUUGAUAGGCGCCAGGUUGACUCGAUCACCUCCCAGGUCAUCUCCUAUGUUGGAACUGACAAUGGUUUUCGGACUCUCACUCCCAGCUCGCGGGUCACAUCUGCAAUUGGUGGUAUACCAUCUGACACCGCGCCGGCUGGUUCAACCAUAGGCUCAGAGAUAACCUCAACCGCAAGCUCGCCAAUCUUGAGCACUGGAAGCAGCGACGGCGCACCAACCUCUCAGUCAUCAGCGGCGUCACAGGACAACGGCAGCGGUAGUUCAGGGCUAGGAGGCGGCGCAAUCGCUGGAAUAGCUAUUGCGGCCGUCCUCGUUAUCGCGCUCAUCGGUGGAUGGUUCUUCUGGCGGCGAAGAAAACGCACGAGAGGGAAGGUCACGAGCACUGAGAUUAGUGCGCACAUUGCAGGAGACGGAGGCGGAGACGGAGGCAUCCCAGAACUCGAUACAAAGGAGCGCCCACAAGAGAUGCCGGGGAGUCGUCAGGUGGAAACGCAAGAGCUGGAUCCUACACAGUACACCAAAUACGCGAUGAAUGGAUCUCAUGAGCUGAAGACCGAGUCUGAGCCGGCUGAGCUGUUGAACGGUCCCGACGAAUACACUACGCGAGUCCCUUAUCACGCCCCGCAACGACCCGCUGCUGAGAUGACGGAGAUGACGGAUACGACUGAGGCGACAAACAAUUCACUCUCAUCUAAUGUCGAAGCGCAACGGCGGAGAGAGAUGGAAUGGCUAGAGAUGGAGGAGGAAAGGAUGCGGAAGCGGCGAGAGUUGCUUGCGGCGCAAAGCGGUGCGAAGAAUUGA